AGCUCUGGUACUAGAUUUGUUUAUAAGCAUUUGUCAGUAAUAUCUAAACUCUUAUUUACGUUUAAACUUGGCGAUUUCUAGAUAUUAGAAAAAAUGGACAACUCACAAGAAAAGUUUACGUGGACCCAUAAGUUGACUAUGAAACUGAUAAAGGAGGCUGAGCAGCGACCAUGCCUUUGGCAUAAGGAAGAUAAACAAUAUGCGAAUAAGAUUUACAAAGCUGUCGCCAUGGAAGAAAUCGCUGAAAUAGUUGGUGUGUCAGCUGAGGCUGUGCGCGAGAAAUUGAGAAAUUUGCGUAUAAAUUUCAUGCAAGUACACAAAAAACAAUUGAGAGGCGGCAGUAAAGCUGUCCAUCCCCCGAAAUGGGAGUUCUACAACGCGCUGCUAUUCAUGGCGGAACCAACUGGUGCUUCACCGGCGGCUUCACCCAAGUUGACCCCGCUAAGAGUGUCAAAGCGCAAGUUAGACCACGAUGAAACAACAACAACAUUAGACCCUCUAAGUGACGAGCUAAACAUAACUCAAGACCACUCAAUUGUAUUCAAAGGUUCUAACGAAUCCUGCGGUGAAAAUAUAAGCAGCGUAAAAGGAUCAAGCGAAAAGUGUAACGAAUAUAUAAGCGGUGGGAAAGGAUCGAACGAGAAGUUUGGCGAAUAUAUAACGGCUAGCCUUAAUAGUCUUGACGAUGUGCGAAUCGUCAAGCGAACUAAAGCAAGAAUUCAGCUGCUAGUUUCUGAAGCAAUGACGGAGCAUGCCAUGCUGAAACUGGCUGAAUGCGAAUCCACUGCGGAGUUUUAAUGUUCCUCCGUACCGCAUGGCUAGGCGGGAAUGCAGAAUAAUUUUUAUUUUAUGUACAUAUUUACUUAUUUGAACUGAUAGAUUUAAGUUGCUUAGAAAUAAUGAAUUGUAUAAAGUACGAUCAAAAGAGAGUAGUGCCUAAAAUAGGCAUGCAAUUAGUA